AACACACUCGUUAACCAUGGCCAGGAAACUCGCUUCCCACUCUCCUUUUCUCCCUUUAAAUUCAUCACAAUCAUCGCAGGCUUUCAUGAUUUCACUUCAUAAGCAACUCCCUUGCUUUCAUCUCAACUCUGGGUUUUCUCUACUUUCUUCUUCUAUAGAUGGAAACAAUGAAGGUUUUUUCAGCUAAGGUGGAGGAUGGAAGAGAAGGACAAGACGGGAAGCCGUCGGUUGGUCCUGUCUAUCGUAACCUACUCGCCAAGCAAGGAUACCCUCCACUCGAUCCCGAUAUGUCUACUACAUGGACUCUUUUCAGUUCAUCUGUUGAGAAGUACCCUGGAAACAGGAUGCUUGGAUGGCGGAAAAUUGUUGAUGGCAAGGUGGGCCCUUAUAUCUGGAAAACAUAUAAGGAAGUUUAUGAUGAAGUUCUGCAUGUCGGUUCCGCUUUGCGAGCAUCUGGUGCUGAACCUGGAUGUCGAGUUGGGAUUUAUGGAGCAAACUGCCCUCAGUGGAUCAUGGCAAUGGAGGCCUGCGGUGCCCACAGGUUGGUUUGUGUGCCUCUCUAUGAUACACUCGGUCCUGGAGCUGUAAAUUAUAUUAUAGAUCACGCAGAGAUUGAUUUCGUGUUCGUUCAAGACAUAAAAGUAAAAGAACUUUUGAAUCCAAAUUGUAGAUCUACUCAACGGUUGAAAGCAAUGGUUUGCUUCACAUUGUUGACCGAAGAAGACAAUGCUAAGGCAUCUCAAACGGGGAUUAAGAUGUACUCGUGGACCGAGUUUCUCCGAACGGGAAAGGAAAAUCCUCGGGAGAUAUCAGCACCACAACCAUUUGACAUUUGCACCAUAAUGUAUACUAGUGGCACCAGUGGCAAUCCUAAAGGUGUUGUGUUAACUCAUGAAACAAUGGCAACAUUUGUAAACGGCGUCGAUAUUUUCAUGGAUCAAUUUGAGGACAAGAUGACAGUGGACGAUGUGUAUCUGUCCUUCCUCCCCCUUGCUCAUAUCCUUGACCGCAUGAUCGAGGAAUACUUUUUCCAUAAAGGAGCAUCUGUUGGCUACUACCACGGGAACUUGAAGGAACUGAGGGAUGACAUAAUGGAGUUAAAACCGACAUUUCUAGCAGGUGUACCCCGAGUUUAUGAUAUGAUUCAUGAAGGUAUUCAGAAAGCACUACAAGAACUCAAUCCAUUGAGGAAGUGGAUUUUCGACGCCCUCUAUAAACACAAACUUUCAUGGAUGAAUCGAGGGUAUAAGCAUAAAUAUGCAUCACCAUUAGCUGAUUUGUUGGCCUUCAGGAAGGUCAAAGCUAAGUUAGGUGGACGGCUUCGGUUGUUACUAUCCGGAGGUGCACCAUUGAGCUCUGAAGUGGAAGAGUUCCUGCGGGUCACUUGUUGUUGCUUUGUUGUCCAAGGAUAUGGAUUGACUGAAACUUGUGGAGCAUGCACUAUUGGUUUUCCAGACGAGAUGUGCUUCGUUGGUGCUGUCGGAUCCCCGGCUGUGUACAACGAGUUGCGUUUAGAGGAGGUUCCGGACAUGGGUUACAAUCCACUGGGAAAUCCUCCCUGUGGUGAGGUAUGCGUGAGAGGAAAGACUAUUUUCUCAGAGUACUAUAAAAACCCUGAACUGACGAGAGAAUCUUUCAAGGAUGGAUGGUUUCAUACAGGAGACAUAGGGCAAAUGCUUCCUAACGGAGUUGUUAAGGUUAUCGACAGGAAGAAAAAUCUUAUUAAGCUCUCCCAGGGAGAGUAUGUGGCACUAGAGCACUUGGAAAAUGUUUACGGAGUAACUCCGAUCGUCGACGAUGUAUGGGUCUAUGGAAACAGCUUCAAAUCAAUGCUGGUUGCCAUAGUUGUGCUACAUGAAGAAAAUGCUAGAAAGUGGGCCAAUUUAAACGGUUACACUGCUUCCCUUUCCGAGCUCUGUUCAUUGAGUAAGCUUCAGAAUCAUGUCCUCUCAGAGCUGAAAUCCACAGCUGAGAAAAACAAGAUGAGAGGUUUCGAGUACAUCAAAGGAGUGAUCUUGGAAGCUCAGCCUUUCGACAUGGAACGAGAUCUGGUGACUGCAACAUUGAAGAAGAAAAGAAACAACCUGCUCAAAUUUUAUCAGACUGAAAUCGAUGCACUCUACCAGAACUUGGCUGCAAAAAUAUGAGAAGUUGAAGUAAAGUGUUUGUGUGUGCCGGAUACCGCUGUUAUUUUUAUCCUAUAAAUGUAACUUUGCUUUAAGUGGAAAAUGGCGUUUGCAGUU